GACUUCUUUGAAUUCAUUGAGUUUGUCAUUCAGCUUUGGACACGAUCGAGUCAACAACAGCGGACAGUCUGUGCUGCAGACAGUUUCACAGGUCACUCCUGAAAGCAAGAUGGACAUGACAGAUUAUGAUAUCUUUGAGGACUACAACUACAGCUAUCACGAUGAUGGAAAUUUCACUCCAAGGGAGGAAGCAGUUUUUCAGCACAAAUCAACGUGUUUAAAGGAAACCUUGUGUGUGCUGUUGUUUGUAAUCAGUGUGGUCAUUUUUCUCCUGGGCUUCUUUGGGAAUGCUUUGGUCAUCUGGAUCUCUGGCUUCAAAAUGAAGAAGACGGUCAACACCACCUGGUACCUGAGCCUGGCGAUCUCUGACUUUGUCUUCUGCACUUUCCUCCCAAUAAGCAUCACAAACACGGUGAUGGAAGAGUGGAUCUUUGGCCGCUUCAUGUGCAAGUUUGCACCCUCGGUUAUGUUCCUUAACAUGUUCAGCAGUAUCUACCUCCUUGUCAUCAUCAGUGUGGACCGCUGUAUUUCUGUCGUGUUUCCUGUUUGGGCCCAGAACCAACGCACAGUUCAGAAGGCCUCAGCUGUAGUUGUCCUGGCCUGGCUUCUCGCCAUUGGACUGAGCAUUCCCUCUGCGAUCUUUCGGGAUAUUGGCAGCCACCUGGGUAGGACCAUUUGCUUCAACAACUACACAUCAAGCCCACACAGUCACAAGAUAGUUGCAAUCAGCCGUUUCCUUGCAGGUUUUGUGGUCCCCUUUGUCAUCAUUUUAAUCUGCUACUCCAUCAUCUUCCUCAAACUUCGAACCAACAGGAUGACAAAAAACUCCAAACCCUUCAAAGUGAUGAGUGCCCUCAUUGCUGCUUUCUUCAUCUGCUGGCUGCCCUACCACAUCUUCGUCCUCCUCGAGCUGAACCAUCAGAACUACGACCACGACAUUUUAACCACGGGACUCCAAGUAGGCACUUCUAUGGCAGCAGCAAAUAGUUUCCUCAAUCCUGUGCUGUAUGUCUUCAUGGGCAACGACUUCAAGCAGAAGUUCAAGAGUUCAGUGCUCUCAAAGAUGGAGAACGCGAUGGCGGAUGAAGGCCGCACCAUCAGCCGAUACCUGUCCAGGUCCAGCUCCAUGGACGCCAGAGCGUCUACACACAUCUAGAGGUGCAGACAUCACUGUACAACUGUUUCACCAAGUGUGCUCAUGGGCAAAACAAAAAUACAAAUACGCAAUAAAUAAUGCAUGAUAUGUAAUAUGUAUCUGCUUGUAAAAACACAUUCAUUAGUGAAACUUGUAUAGAUUUGCUGCAAAAAUUAUCCGCUUGUCUUCUGAUGGCAGAGAAAGCUGUAAAAGUUUCAGGUUUGCAGACACAUAAUGUAGCUGAAAAAAGCUGGAGGGUGGGGGACAUCAGUCUGAGAUGUAAAAUAAAAGGUUUGUAAAAUAUGGAGUAUAUUUUCUAAUAAUAAAUGCACAAAAUGUAUUGUUAUAUCAAGUGUUGAAUAAAAAUACAUUCAUCUGACACUUUCACAAAAUCAAUUUGUAUGUAUUUGUGAUCACACGAAGGUUUGCUGCUGGCUUUAGGACAAAUGAGUGAGGUCUUUCAAGGCUCAAGCAUAGGUUGCAAAUUUGGGGUUUGCCUUCAUUUGUGAAACACAUGAAACAAGAGAGGAAAUUAUCUAAUGUAGAAAUUUUGUAGAACAAGCUUCAGGCCUUUAGCAAGGAGGUUAUAAAUGUGAGUAUUUCCUCAUUUGGGUAGAAGUGAUUGUUGUAAAAUUUAAUUUGUUUCCUUGACUUUUUAAAUAAACUGAUAAGCACAAGACCUCACAAAUGGAAAUAAACCAAAGAACACUCAAUGAAGAAACAAAGCCCUACUACUUCUUGUAAAUGGACAUCAAACCCAAAGCAGGAUGUUCUGUGGUUUUGUUUGUGUUGCAACUUCGAUGUAAAUCUCACUUUCCAAAACACAGCAUCCAGGGUGGAAGUUUACUGUUGGUGUGGUAACAGAGUACCGACAGCCCCUUCACUCCUCUGUAUACUCUGGUCUGUUUAGGACUGUUGUUUAUUGAGCCAAGAAAAUGAACCUCACAACUAUAUAAGCCACUGCUAUUAACACAUUUUUGAUGAAUAGAAAUAUGUUUUUGUAAUUUCAUGUGUGAAGGUUGUAAAUGUGGUUUGGAAUAAAGGUUUGAAUGGUG